AUACGGAUCCACCCUAUCUUUUAUAAGAAACUUCUGGAACCAGCACCUCUAGAUGCCGAGCUAGCAACGGAUAUAGAGCUCAAAGACGACGAGUACGAGGUUGAGGAAAUUAAGAACCUACGGAAAAUCGGUAGAAACCUGACGAACUGUAAGUCACUAGUACGUGAAUACCACCGGAAGCACCCGGAGAAGCGAGGGGCAACCCCUUAGGGAAAAGGAAGGAAUAAUUAAAGGAAGGAUUGAAGGAGUUAGCCUGUAACCAGUCCAGAUUAGCCGAUGGUUCAGAUAGCGGUGGUUCGACAAUAGGAAGGCCCGUACUAGGGGCAGAGUUCCCCUCGGCCUGCUCUUUCGCCCGAUCCUAAAGAUUUAAGAUGGCAAGAUCCCG